UGGUGGCGUCUGUUUCCCCUCCCCGCUUCCUUGCUGAGUGAGAAUCUCCAUAUCCCUCAUCCCGUUAUAAUGGAUACGCUCCGUGCUCAGCGACUGCAGCCCGGUGUUGGGGCCGGCGUCUCGACGGGUACUCUUCGCUCGCUGAGGCCCGGUGUUACUGGAAGUUCAGCCGCUCCACCCCCGAUUGGUCUUCCUGGAAGUCCGGGAAAUCCAGCCGUGCUCAGAGAGGCAGUGGAGGCCGUGGUGAGGAGCUUCGCCAAGCACACACAGGGAUACGGGAGGGUAAAUGUGGUGGAAGCUCUCCAAGAGUUCUGGCAAAUGAAGCAAACACGUGGUGCUGACCUAAAAAACGGAGCGUUGGUGGUGUAUGAGAUGGUCCCUUCUAAUAGCCCUCCUUAUGUCUGCUAUGUCACCUUGCCAGGAGGAAGCUGCUUUGGAAGUUUUCAGUUCUGUCCCACAAAGGCUGAGGCCAGGAGAAGUGCUGCAAAGAUUGCCCUAAUGAAUUCUGUGUUUAACGAGCAUCCUUCACGCAGGAUCACUGAUGAAUUUAUUGAGAAAAGUGUUUCUGAAGCUCUUGCGACAUAUAAUGGUAAUCGAGAAGAAGCUGACAACCCAAACACGGGUAUAGGAGCUUUCCGGUUUAUGUUGGAGUCCAACAAGGGGAAAUCUAUGUUAGAAUUUCAGGAGUUAAUGACAGUUUUCCAGCUGCUUCAUUGGAAUGGCAGUCUGAAAGCUAUGAGAGAGAGGCAGUGCUCCAGGCAGGAGGUUCUGUCUCACUACUCCCACCGGGCUUUGGACGAUGACAUGAGGAACCAGAUGGCCAUGGACUGGGUGAAUAGGGAACAGGACACACCAGGGACACUCACCAGGGAACUGGCAUCUACAGAGAGGCAGCUGGACGAAGCCAGACUGGCUGGCAAGGAGCUACGCUACCACAAGGAGAAAAAAGAUAUCUUGAUGCUGGCAGCCGGGCAGUUGGGAAACAUGCAUUCUCCCAACUGUUAGACUGAGUCAGCUAGUCACUGAUCCCUCUGAUCCACCAGCUGUGUCUGUGGUGAGCAACGUCUGAUCCCAGAAGACACUUAAUAGAAAUAUACUGUACAGGCUUAUGCAGGAACAGGCUUAUGCAGUUUGCACUUCUCUGCACAGGUGAAAAAAGAAGAUACCAGUAAUAUGGAAGUAUAUAUAUUGUGAAAGAGAAGAUCUGCAAGACUAGCAAAUAUUCAUUAAUAGGAGGAAGAGACUUUGACAUUUGCAAAGUGUUGCAUAGUAGGUAGAAGAAGGAUGCAUUUGUAUAGGGGGGGGGGGGACCCAAAAACAUUUGGUUAAGAAAAUCUCCUAUAAGUUAAUUGCUGCAAAACUUCACUUCUAUCUGUAGGAAGAUCUGUGGAAAUGAAAAGACUGCAUUAUUGCAAAGAAAUAUACCAAUAUCACUUGUUUAGCUCCUUGUAUUUUUUUUAAUUUGUUUUCUUGGUAUAACUAAAGGGACAAUGUUCUCAGGUAAGCAACAGAGUUCAUUGUAUUCAAAACUGCUGCAGAAAUACCCUUUCAUAUUGGCUGUGCUUUCUCUAUCCCACUCACCACUGUGAGGUUGAUUUCUGCAGCCAAUACUGCAAUAUUCAAAUUUUCAGUAUAGGUGGAAAUUAUAAAAGGCAAAAUCGUCUUUCAAAUGACAAAACAAAGGUAAAUAAGGUGCGUCUAAACAAUUUAAUGCACUCCAGCAGGUAAAAUGGAUAAAACAUUAAAGGGGAGAAAAUGUUAAUUCAUAAUUUCCCUUUAAGGGGGCAUGAACAUCCACAGUUCUUAUGGCUAAAAGGGAUAGAAAGGUCAAAAUGAAAAUGUGCAUUUCAAUUUUAAAUAGAAGCAUUUUUGAGUAUACAUAAGCAAAAAUGCUUCCAUUAAAGGUUAUACUGUUUUUUGUUAUUUUUUGUGGCAUACUCACAUAUGCUGUGAGGGCCUGUGAACUGGUAUUCAAAGAGAGUAAGCAGUGGCUUGUAUAACACAAAUUAAGUCUUCACAGAUGCAAUACACACCACAGCUAGUUUGGAUACUGCUGCACGGGCCGCAACAGCAUAUGUGUGUAUGCCACUGAAAAAAAAAUAAUACCUUUUACCAGAAGCAUUUUUGCUAAUGGAAUAAUAUUGCAAAAAUGAUUCCAUUACAAAUUGAAAUGCACACAUACAUUUCAAAUUUGACCUUUAUACCUCUUUAAAGUUUGAAACGUCUUUAAAUUAUGAUUUAUUUUAAAUAUGUUUCAAGCUAUACAAAAACAGGUAUCCCCUGAGUUGCAAGCAACCCACAGAAAUCACUAUUUAACCAUUGACAUCCAGAAAUCUGUAAUAGGUCAAUUAUUAACACCCCAGGAGCCAGUAACAUAUCAAACUUGAUCCUUUGGCAGUAACAUGUAAGAAUCAGUGAUUAACCCCUCAUGGCAAGUAACACACAUAGCAGUAAUUUAGCUUAUUUUCUUCUUAAAUGGGAAAAGUCCGCAGCUGCAUUCAUUACUUUUGGGAAUUCAGAACCUGGCCACGCGGAGGAGGCAAAGACACCCCAGCCAAAGGCUUAAAUACCUCCCCCACUUCUCUCAUCCCCCAGUCAUUCUUUGCCUUUCAUCACAGAAGGUUGGCAGAGAAGUGCAGCAUAUUCUGAUAUCUGAUGCUGUUUUUCAGCGGCUCCGGGGGACGGUUUAUCUUCGGUUGCUUUAUUCUGGGUGCGAAUAAGCUCUGUGUGUAGGAGAGGCAUUUUUCUUUCCUCCUUUUCAGUUCUCAGGACAUUUCUUGGUUUGAGGUGGAGGGGGCUUUACAAGUCCUCGCUUUGCUGGGUCGGCAGAUUCCUUUCAUAGGUGCCCUGUUCCUCCUGGUUCACUCUCUUGGAGUUUCCUUUUUUGGUCCUAGUACCUUUUGGGUUCUGAGGGUUCUUCGGACUCAUUUAGCUGAGUCUCUUUUCUUCCCCGCUGGGGGAAUGUGGAAAUUUCUUCUUCCUUUUGCUCGGGGGUGAGUUUAUUUUGUGGGCUGCGGGACUUUGUCUUCUCAGAGGCGUUUGGCUCGGUCGAGUCUACUAGCCGGAGCGGUCUCUAGCAAAGCCCUUGCUGGCUUUAACUGUUGGGCAGUUAUCUCGGCUUUUCCUUUUUGUCCUUUGGCUUCUCGUGAAGCAGUUUUUUCUGUUGGGAGUUUUGGGUUUAGGCUGUGGUGCCCUCAGAAGGGGCCGCCUUUUGUACCCGCCCGUUUUGCAUUCAGUGUCCUCUAUAGCUUGGGUAUUGUUUUCCCAAAAGUAAUGAAUGCAGCUGUGGACUCUUCCCGUUUUAAGAAGAAAAACUUAAAUUAUGCUUACCUGAUAAUUUUAUUUUCUUCUGGCGGUAAGAGUCCACAGCUCCCCGCCUGCGUUGUAUCAUAAGGGGCGGACAUAUUUUUUUAUGGCACCUUUUUCACCCUGAUAUUUCUCCUACUGUUCCUUGUUCACUCGGCAGAAUGACUGGAGGAUGAGGGAAGUGGGGGAGGUAUUUAAGCCUUUGGCUGGGGUGUCUUUGCCUCCUCCUGAUGGCCAGGUUCUAUAUUUCCCAAAAGUAAUGAAUGCAGCUGUGAACUCUUCCCGUCAGAAGAAAAGAAAAUUAUCAGGUAGGCAUAAAUUUAAGUUUUUAGCUCCAGUAACAAAUAGAACGGAGACCCAGAAUUUAGCCAUGCCCUCUGCAAAAAAUGAUGGUUAGUGGGUCUGCAAGAACUUAGUGUACUUUAUACCAAAACCACGACAUCUGAAAGUCUUAAAUUUGUAAGAAUAAACAUGAAUGUCCAGCACAAUAUAGGCAUAGUUUUAUAUCCCUUUAAAACUGAAGUUGCUCACCACAAACACAAAGUUCUUAAGAUUCUGAAUGCACCCAGAGAUGGAUCUUUUGACUAAAUUGAUAGUUUUGCACAUUUAUUUGUAUGCUCAUUUUAUGUACAACUUUUUAUACACUACAGCUCUUUCCAUCUUUAUCUGUGAGAGCGAUUACUUUUUAUAUAUUAUAUAUUUUGAUAGCAGUAUUAAACGCCUCCUUUUUCACAGUUUUCCACCCCUGUCCUCUGCUGGUUUUGAUGGCAGAGAAAUGCUGUGAUAUUAGAGGCGACAUAUUUUUUAUGAUUAUUUUUACAAUUUCUUUCACAAAUAUAGUUUUAGUACAUUUUUUUUUUACAUUUUAAAUAUUGAGUACAAUUUCUGAAGUUAUCAGCAAAAUGUUAUUAAUGUAAAACCUAAAACUGCAUUAUUAUUUUUUUAAUUCUGCAAGUAAAAUUAGUAGAUUAGUAUCUGCUAUACAUGGCUGUUUUGAAUAUAAAACAAUGGAGCAGACACGAUAGAAAUAUAUUUUCCCUUUUUUAUAGAAUAAAUGUUUGGGUUAUGGAGAAUCAUGUGUUUAUAUUUUGUUGGAUUUAGAGGGCUAGAAUAAGUGUCAUCUGAAUUAAAUACUAAACUUUCAUAUUUAUAUAUUGACUUUCUUGACAUUAUGCUGAUGUUGUUUGCUCUAUACACAAAGGAUAAACAUUUCAAAGCAGUUCUGUUUCCUAUAACUGUGCUAAUGUAAUACAUUCAGAGUAAGGUUGACCAGCCUAAAUCCUGGUAGUCACAUUGUGGCCCUCUGAUAUUUUUCGUCCAGUUAAUAUCAUAUUCAGAAGUUAUUCAUUGGUACUGAGGAUGAAAAUUUGGACAAGCCUAUUUUAUUGCAGCUGAACAGAUGUAUGACAGAGACUUAGCGUUGUGCUAAUAUAUUUUUUAAAUAACUGUAGUACUAUUAUACGUGAGAAAGUUACAUAGAUCUACUGAACAGAUACAUGCAAUGUGGUUCCAUAUGACCAUAAGACCGUUGCAUAUUUUCAGAAUUGCAACGGUCUUAAAACAAUCAUGGCAGUGACGGUAAACUGCAGUCAAUGAUACAGCACAGUAAUUGUUAAGACAAUAAGUAUCAUAUUAAUAACUUGGUUGAAAAUGCAUUAUAAAUAUUUUACCUUUCAAAUUCUAAUAUUAAAGAACCACCAGGCCUUCCUGCUGAGUUUUUUUUUCCUAUUAAAUAGGCUGUACAGCCAAUCGGAAUCGUACUAUCCACAUUGUUGAAAUCUAUAGUUGUGCAUUCCAGUACCGCUGCUAUAGAGCUGUAGGGAUUUCACCGCUAACUACGCUUGAAAGGUACAAUUGCAAGUUACACAGACCAUAGUGCAGGAGUGCACUGCUAUAUAUUUCAAAGCGGGUGUAUGCUUCCCAUUGGCUGUACCACCUGCUUGUCAAAGAAUUUAAAAGGUAAAAUAUUUCUAUUUACAAUAUGUUUAUGCUGUGAUAUUAAUAUGAGCUAUACAUCAAUUACUGUCAUACUGUGCUUUAUCACUGUUAGAAAUUUGCUGUCACUGUAAUGGAAAAAUAUGUAGAAUUGAUAGGUAGAGUUAUAGUUGAGUUUUCAUAAAAAGCUUGGGUGGCACGGUUUUGUAGAACAUUAAAAUAGAUUAUAAAUUGUAAUUGAUAUGUGGUAUUAUAUAUCACAGAGUGUUCAUGUAUGCUGUGGCCAUAAUGUUUCUAUAAUAGUCCAAAAAUGCUGAUACUUUGGCACUUGUAAUGUAUCAAAUAAUAAAGAUUAUGAAGAGCAACCAUAGGGCUUUUCUUGAAUAUAGUAGAGAAUCAUUGUACAUUUCUUUUAAGUUUUUGUAGAGUGUUUCCAAAGAAUGUGUUGUUUUUUCUUAAUCCGUGAGUAAAGCAAUAUUCCUGUAUUCUCUAAUUAUGUAGAAGUCAGGUGGUCAUUACAGUGUAUACUUGUGUGCGACACCUUUUUGUAUACUUUUUACUACCUAUACAGAUGAUGUUUGGUACUGCUGCCAAAAUCCUGUAUUUUGUAUCCACACUCCAUUGUUACAUUUGUAUUACCAUAUAUGCAAAAUAAAAAAAAACUAAUUUUAAAA